ACAGUUCUCUUAUCACAGUAAAAUCUUUCAUAUUGUUACUCUCAAGUAAUUUGGUGUGAAUGAGUGAAUAGUUGACUAUUAGUUAGCUAUUGGUUGAGUGAUUUAUCGGUUUAUAUUUCUGAAAGGCUGCGCUGUUCACGUUCGGACUACAACGUUUACACGUCCGAGCCGAGGGCGUACUAGCUAGCUCUUUCUCUCUGCUCGCUCACUGUACGUGACGUCAAACCAGCAUGGCGGCCAAGGUGCAAUCUACCAAACGCGGGGACCCAAGUGAGCUGAAAUCGAUCUUCCAAAAGUACGCCAGUGUAGCGGACAAGGAUGGAGAGAGGUUCAUGACCCCAGGAGACUUUGUCCAGAGGUAUCUAGGACUACACACGCAGAUCCACCACAACCCCAAAACUGUACAGCUCAUCGCUGCUGUGGCCGACACCACAAAGGACGGGCUGAUCUCGUUCCAGGAGUUCCUUGCGUUUGAAUCAGUGUUGUGUGCCCCCGACGCUCUCUUCAUAGUAGCCUUCCAGCUGUUUGACAAGAAUGGAACUGGAAACAUUUCCUUUGACAAUGUGCGGGACAUCUUCAGCCAGACCACAGUGCACCACCACAUUCCCUUCAAUUGGGACUGUGAGUUCAUCCGUCUGCACUUUGGGCACGACCGCAAGAAACGCAUCAGCUACCUCGAGUUCACCCAGUUCCUGCAGGAGCUGCAGUUGGAGCAUGCACGCCAGGCGUUCGCCCAGAAGGACAAUGGGAAGAAUGGCGUCAUCUCCGCCAUGGACUUCAGUGACAUCAUGGCCACCAUCAGACACCACAUGCUCACACCCUUUGUGGAGGAGAACCUUGUCUCCGCUGCAGGUGGCAGCACCUCUCACUUGGUCAGCUUCUCUUACUUCAAUGCCUUCAACUCCCUCCUGAACAACAUGGAGCUGAUUCGCAAGAUCUACAGCACACUGGCUGGCACGCGGAAGGACACACUCGUGACCAAAGAGGAGUUUGUUCAUGCUGCCAACAAGUUUGGGCAGAUCACUCCCAUGGAAAUUGACAUCCUGUACCAAUUGUCAGGCCUGUUCUCCCCCUCUGGGCGCCUGAAUCUUUCUGACAUUGAGAGGAUAGCUCCGUUAGAGGAGGGAUGCCUGCCCCAUCACCUGGCUGAAACCCAAAAGCAGGCCCAUGGGGAUGGUUCCAGGUCUGUGUUGCUCCAGAUUGCAGAGUCCUCCUACAGGUUCAGCCUGGGCUCCAUCGCUGGAGCUACGGGAGCGACGGCUGUGUACCCCAUCGACUUGGUGAAGACUCGUAUGCAGAACCAGAGGUCCACAGGAUCCUUUGUCGGAGAGCUGAUGUACAAGAACAGCUUUGACUGUGCUAAGAAGGUGCUUCGCUACGAGGGCUUCUUUGGCUUCUAUAGAGGCCUGGUCCCUCAGCUUAUAGGUGUAGCACCUGAGAAGGCUAUCAAACUCACAGUGAAUGACUUUGUAAGAGACAAGUUCACCAACAAGGACGACGCGAUUCCUUUUUGGGCUGAGGUUAUGGCUGGCGGCUGUGCUGGAGGCUCCCAGGUGAUCUUUACCAACCCUCUGGAGAUUGUGAAGAUUCGCCUGCAGGUGGCAGGCGAGAUCACCACCGGGCCUCGAGUCAGCGCACUCAGCGUGGUUCGUGACCUGGGCUUCUUCGGCCUCUACAAGGGUGCUAAAGCAUGUUUCCUGAGAGACAUCCCCUUCUCUGCCAUCUAUUUCCCCGCGUAUGCCCACCUCAAGACCCAGUUCGCUGACGAGCAAGGCAGGCUGGGAGCUCUGCAGCUUCUCACUGCUGGAGCGAUCGCAGGUAUCCCUGCGGCCUCCCUCGUGACGCCUGCCGAUGUCAUCAAGACGCGUCUGCAAGUUGCAGCGAGGGCAGGACAGACCACUUACACCGGAGUCAUCGACUGCUUCAGGAAGAUUAUGAGAGAGGAGGGGUUCAGGGCUUUGUGGAAGGGAGCUGGAGCUCGUAUGUGCCGGUCUUCUCCUCAGUUUGGUGUGACUCUGGUGACUUAUGAGCUCUUACAGCGGUGGUUCUACAUUGACUUUGGAGGACAUCGUCCGUCGGGAUCUGAGCCCACACCCAAGUCUCGCAUCUCGGAGCUUCCUCCCAUUAACGCCGACCACGUCGGAGGCUACCGCCUGGCCGCAGCUACCUUUGCCGGGGUGGAGAACAAAUUUGGCCUCCACCUUCCUAAAUUCAAGUCCUCCGGCGUGGUCUCCAUACAUCACCCAGAGCCAGUCGCUUCCACGCCUGCUCAGGCCCCAUAGAGGUCUGAAUCUCCAUAUCACUUUGCCAUCCCUCUCCUCCUCCUCCUCCUCCUCCUCCUCCUCCUCCUCCUCCUCCUACCAGGAGCCAGACAUUUAGAUAGAUACACAAACAAAACACGCACAUAUUUUAAAACACACUCCACACAUAGGGGCCACUCAUUUAGGAACAAACAACACCAGAGUAACGGUGUGCUCCACUGGUCUCCAGCCAGAGGUGGAGGUGGAGGGCAGGCUGGAGCUGUGGGUGGAAGCGAGCAGACAGCGGCGGGACCGGAGCGCCGACUGUGUUGUAUCUUCAGUGGCUGAACGCUCCUGGCAUCUCCAUCUUUUGUGUUUCACUCCAGCAUUCGUAUAAAACGAAGCCUCCGGCACUCCCCUUUUUUUUUUUUUCUCUCAUGAGUAGCUGAUUUGAUUUUUAUUGUGUUUUUCUGUCUGAUACUCAGUGCGAGUAGGACUUCUCUUAUUGGCCGGUGGGCGUAGGAUAUAUUAGAUUGGUCAGCAUGGUGCGCGGGGCUUCACUCUCGAUUGGUCCUCCCACUGGAGGCUACAUACUGUACAUAUUGUAUAACUGUACUGAGACAGCACAUUGACAGGAAGGGAAAUGUUACAAGGCCAAGCUCUCUGUAACGUUGAGUCUGCAUCCCAAUACAGUAACUGUAAUGUUAUGGCAAUGCGGUCCUGGUCUCUGAGAAUCACUCUUACUGAUGUACAGAACUUUUCAAUUAAGUGUUUUCUCGAUAAAACAAGAAUCAUGAGAAGAGAAAUUAGAUAUUAAUAAAUUAAAUGUAUCUCAAUUCAGUCAUGUUAUUUUAUUGAAAUAAAUCAUCCAUAUGGUUUUAAUUUUA